UUGGCAGCGGGAAGCUCCCUCUCUUUCUCUCGCCGCCGCUCGGAGUCUGCGCCCUGCUGCCAGGCGCCCAGCUCGGCGCUCCCCUGUGCUCGCCCGGCGCCCACUCAUUCGCAGCCCGGCCUUCGUCGCCGCCGCCUCCCUGCUCCUCCUCCUCCUCCUCCUCCUUUCCCCAGCCCGCCGCGGCCAUGGCGGACAGCGCCAGCGAGAGCGACACGGACGGGGCGGGGGGCAACAGCAGCAGCUCGGCCGCCAUGCAGUCGUCCUGCUCAUCGACCUCGGGCGGCGGCGGUGGUGGUGGUGGCGGCGGGGGAGGCGGCGGCGGUGGGAAGUCGGGGGGCAUUGUCAUCUCGCCGUUCCGCCUGGAGGAGCUCACCAACCGCCUGGCCUCGCUGCAGCAGGAGAACAAGGUGCUGAAGAUCGAGCUGGAGACCUACAAACUCAAGUGCAAGGCGCUGCAGGAGGAAAACCGCGACCUGCGCAAAGCCAGCGUGACCAUCCAAGCCAGGGCUGAGCAAGAAGAAGAAUUCAUCAGUAACACUUUAUUCAAGAAAAUUCAGGCUUUGCAGAAGGAGAAAGAAACCCUUGCUGUAAAUUAUGAGAAGGAAGAAGAGUUCCUCACUAAUGAGCUCUCCAGAAAGUUGAUGCAGUUGCAGCAUGAGAAAGCCGAACUAGAACAGCAUCUCGAACAAGAGCAGGAAUUCCAGGUCAACAAACUGAUGAAGAAAAUUAAAAAACUGGAGAAUGAUACCAUUUCGAAGCAGCUUACAUUAGAGCAGUUGAGACGAGAGAAGAUCGACCUUGAAAAUACUUUGGAACAAGAACAAGAAGCGCUAGUUAAUCGUCUCUGGAAAAGGAUGGACAAACUUGAAGCUGAAAAGCGAAUCCUGCAGGAGAAAUUAGACCAGCCGGUCUCUGCGCCCCCGUCGCCUAGAGACAUCUCCAUGGAGAUAGACUCUCCAGAAAACAUGAUGCGCCACAUCAGGUUUUUAAAGAAUGAAGUGGAGAGGCUGAAGAAGCAGCUGAGAGCCGCUCAGUUACAGCAUUCCGAGAAGAUGGCGCAGUAUCUGGAGGAGGAGCGCCACAUGCGGGAAGAGAACUUACGGCUGCAGAGGAAGCUGCAGAGGGAGAUGGAGAGAAGGGAAGCCCUCUGUCGGCAGCUCUCUGAGAGCGAGUCCAGCCUGGAAAUGGAUGAUGAAAGGUAUUUUAAUGAGAUGUCUGCACAAGGAUUAAGACCUCGCACUGUGUCCAGCCCGAUCCCUUACACACCUUCUCCAAGUUCCAGCAGGCCUAUAUCACCCGGUCUAUCAUAUGCAAGUCACACAGUUGGCUUCACGCCACCAACUUCACUGACUAGAGCCGGAAUGUCUUACUACAAUUCCCCGGGUCUUCAUGUGCAGCACAUGGGAGCAUCCCAUGGCAUCACAAGGCCUUCACCACGGAGAAGCAACAGUCCUGACAAAUUCAAACGGCCUACGCCUCCUCCGUCUCCCAACACACAGACCCCAGUGCAGCCCCCUCCACCUCCACCUCCGCCGCCCAUGCAGCCCGCGGCCCCCUCGGCAGCCACCCGCAAACCCGCCCCUUCGCAACAUCCGGGGCACCCCUCCUCCCAGCCUUAAUGCAUGUGCUUGGUCUGCAUCUCACGUUGGGACUCGUACAGUGGAGCCGUCUCCUCGACGCCAAAGGCUUCCUUCCCUGGCAUAUUUGGA